AUGGGCAAGAAGCGUGUUCUCAUCACUUACGGCGUCGAUGUCGAUGCAGUUGCCGGCUGGCUUGGUUCUUAUGGAGGAGAAGACUCAACGAAUGACAUCAGCAGAGGUGUUUGGGCUGCCACUGUCGGCACGAGGCGUCUUCUAAAAUUCUUCGACAAGUACGGCAUCAAAUCGACAUGGUUCAUUCCGGGCCACUCGUUAGAAUCAUUUCCUGAAGAGAUGGCUGCCGUGCGCGACGCUGGCCAUGAGAUCGGUCUCCACGGAUAUUCGCACGAGAACCCGAAGGACAUGACGUUCGAACAGCAGCGGGAUGUCCUAGACAAAACCUACCGGAUGUUGACCGAGUUCUGCGGAAAGCCGCCUCGUGGAAGUGUUGCCCCGUGGUGGGAAACGAGCAAAGAAGGGGCUCAAUUGCUCCUGGACUACGGAAUCGAGUACGAUCACAGCAUGAGCCACGAAGACUGCCAAGCGUACUAUCUGCGAACAGGAGAUUCCUGGACCAAGAUUGACUACAGCAAGAGGGCAGAAGAGUGGAUGAAGCCUCUGGUUCCUGGUCAGGAGACGGGGCUUGUGGAGAUCCCUGCAAACUGGUACAUCGACGACCUGCCUCCCAUGAUGUUCAUCAAAGCAGCCUCGAACAGUCAUGGAUUCGUCAACCCCCGUGAUGUUGAAGACAUCUGGCGCGAUCACUUUGACUACUUUUACCGGGAGUAUGACACAUUCAUUUUCCCCAUCACAAUCCAUCCGGACGUUUCUGGGCGGCCGCCUGUGCUUCUCAUGCAUGAAAGACUCAUCGAGCAUUUUAAAAAGCACGACGGAGUGGAAUUCGUGACUAUGGAGCAAGUCUGCGACAUCUUCAAGAAGGAAAACCCGGCGCCUGAAGGUGCGCUCAUGCCAGCCGAACCGGGAGCCAUCCUCAAGAAGUAA